AAGGUCAACUGGUGGAGCGGGGAGUAAAUUGCGAAGAUUGAAGGUCGCAUCUUUUAGUUUUUCACAGGCUUUUUGCACUGUCUAAAUGCUAUUAGCAAUGGUCGGACGGGUUUCGAUUUUGCUGCUGUUGAUGGCCGUGGUCGGUCGAUCAAGCGGCGCCUCGUCGAUCCAUCAGGUUAAAAUCUGCGAGCCCCUCAAGGUGCCUUUCUGCCAGGACUUGCCCUACAACCAGACCUUCGUGCCCACCAUCCAAAAUCUGCAGAUGACGCAGGAGGACGUGGACUAUGAACUCAACUACUAUAGCUCCCUGGUCAACGCCAACUGCAGUGCCGGCCUGCGGCUCUUCGUGUGCAGCGUCUACGCGCCGGUCUGCUCGGCCCUCGAGAGUCGGAUUCCUCCGUGCCGUUCGCUGUGUCUGUCGGCCCUAAACGACUGCCACAGUUUCAUGAACCAAACGAAUUUCGAUUGGCCCGACAUACUGGACUGCGACAAAUUCCCUGCUGACGACGACGGUAGCGCGUGCCUUAGCAACGAAGGAGUCAAAAACAACUUUUCAGCAAGCUCAAAUUCAUCUGCCAAUGAAGAAAAAAUAAAGGACAAGAAUGUGGAAGAGUGUUCAUCAGUGAAUGCUGAGAGAUUAUUGUCUGCAGUUUUCGAAAAGGUUACCGAACUGCAUUUGAAAAUAAACAAGCUGGAGAAACAGAAUGAAGCUGAUAGGAAGGUUAUGGAUAAUAUUUUAAGCGUGGUCGAGAAACUGUACAGUUAUUUGGGACCCUAGACAAGAGUUCUGGACACAUUGCAUUGGCUCAGGCGGGAAUCCGAUAAAAACCUCAACAUUGAAUGACAAAUUUUACCUUCGAGCGGUACUGAAACAUACAUAUUUAAUAACUCCAUUGUAUAUCUAUUUGAAUUUCAGUACGCGCUAAUAAUGUUCAAUAAUGACAAUACACAUUCCUAAAGUGAUGACUUUUUUUAUUGAUUUCUUCAAAAAUAAGUUUCAAGUAAAGAAACUAAAUAUGGGAAAGGUGCUAAAUAAACUAUUCUUUUGCAAA